AUGCAACUGACAAAUGGUCUGCUUUUCAUUGCGUGUGGCGUUACGGAACGUGUCAACAAGUAUCUCAACUAUGUUGGCCUGUCGUGUUCUCGGAAAACUGCACACAUUGGGCUAGCAACCCUCGGCAAAGAAUUUGAGAAAAAACUACGGGAUCUGUUUGGAAACGAUGAUUCAAAAGUUUUUUUGCCUUCGAUCUGCAUCGAUAAUCUUGAUUUUCAACAGUCGAUCCACACAAAGUCCGUCGGUCGAUCAAGUACCAUGUUUCAUGGAACUUGGGGGUACAUUCAUCGCUUACCCCGUGAAUUUUUUGACGGUCUUGAUCAUUCUCAGCUUACUCUCUCAGCAUUGAAACACGCACUAAAAGAAGGCAUCUCCCUAGAAGUUCACCCUCGUCACUUCGGUCCAACAUCUGCCAGUGAAGACCACUUCAAAUCCACCUUGAAAUCUCAACUCACUCGUGUAUUACUUUCUUACAUUGCCUCCUCAAAUGACAAGAAACACCCUCUCCCGACUCACCCACCACCAGUCAAACCAAUCAAAACCAAGAAGGCUGACCUCACAAUGCUCAAGCUAAUGAUGGCUUCAGACAAUUCGUCUGAAGGCAUUGGUGAUGUCCUUUCGGGUCUCAUUCAACAGUCUGGAAUGAAUGCCAAGGAUUUUUCAACGCGACUGCAAGUUCUUGAAGGUGAUCUUGGGACCUGCAUGAAUAUAUUGAGUCUUUGUGAGCUUCGAAUCCCAGCCGGCUAUUCAACGACUAGUCUCGCGCACAUCCUUUCAAUCCCCGGGGGAGCUCAUACGAUGUGGAAUUUCGCCCAGUCAAUUUUUCUGCAUCAUUGGGGUGAUCAGACUAAUCGAAAGGACACUGGAGCAUGGCGAAUACUCAAGGCCCUUGGAAUACCGGCCGACAAACCAGUAACCAAGCGGGAUUUCACACUCAUGAUAACCAACAUGGAAAAGAUUCAUGAGGCAGAUCUGCUGUAUUGCAUUCUGGUUGUAAUGGGGAAAGAAGAUGAAACACUACCUGAAGAAUUGCCAGCCAUGUCCCCGUCCUCCAUUGAGGACAUUGUCAAACGGACUUACGAGCGUUUCUUAUCAGGUGAUGCGCUUGAUGCUGCAACAGAUAAGAAACAGGAUAAACUGAUCAACCUUCUCUUGCGGCUCCGAGACUUUGCAACUGUUAUUGAAACAAAUCGAGCCACAAAGGCAGGCGAUACUGGACGAUUAAUGUAUAUGUGGAAACGCUGA